CUAAGAGCCCAAAAAGAUUCUCCAUUUCUUUAAAAUUUCAUUUUGUUGUUGUUUAAACAAAGUUGUUUUUUUUCCUCCUCUUAAUUAAAACAUGGGCUCCUUCCACUUGUCUUUCUUCUUCCUCCACGGGUGACUUUUUCAGAGAAAGUUUUAAAAAAUGCAUAAAAAACUCUGGUUGGGCGGCUUUCUGAGAGGACUCAACAGAAAUGAAAUGGGAGUGAAACUUCAGGGAAAGAGAGCUCUGUACCAAGGAUAGAAAGCUCUUUUAGGCUAAAGUUGUAGUAUAUUGCUUUAUUUUCCACAGCUUUAAUGGUGGUGAAAAAUAAUAUAAGUAAUGGAAGAAAUGUGAAGAUUUGAAGCAUUGGAAACAUUAUUAGUAGAGCCAAGAAAAGGGUAGUCAGGGAAAAUUGAAAUAUGCCAACAGUUUGGUUCUCUCUGAAGAAAUCUCUACACUGUAAAUCAGAGCCAUCAGAAGUUCAUGACCCAAAAUCCAGAAAACACUUGAGCACAAUCUUGACUCGAAAAGCUGGAAGGUCAGGCUGUUCAAGGUCCAUAGCAAAUCUCAAAGAUGUCAUCCAUGGGAGUAAGAGGCACAUGGAGAAACCCCCAAGUUGUAGUCCAAGAUCCAUAGGGAGCAGUGAGUUUUUAAACCCGAUAACACAUGAAGUUAUUUUGAGUAACUCAAGGUGUGAGCUUAAAAUCUCUGGCUUUAAUGGCUUCCAAGAAGGGGUUGGGAAUGGCAAUAUAGGUAAUGGCAGUGGAGGUAGUGGUGGAAAUGGUGGUGGGUCAACCUUUGUUGGAACUUUGAGACCAGGCACACCUGGGCCUGGUGGCCACUCUACAAUGCAUUACUUUAACCCUUCCUUUAGGACCUCAUCAACUCCUCCAAGAAAGUCUCAGUUUCUUGUAUCAGAUAAAGAAAAUAGUACAGAAGGGUCUGGUUUUGGAGGCUCUGCUAUUUUUGGUGGUGGUAAUAGUAAUGGGGUUCGUCCAAGUAAUAGGAUCUCUCUUGAUGCAGAUUCUAAUGGUUCCUCGACAAUCACUUGCCACAAAUGUGGAGAACAAUUCAACAGAUGGGAAGCUGCUGAAUCUCACCAUCUAUCCAAACAUGCAGUGACUGAGCUUGUGGAAGGUGAUUCAUCCAGGAAGAUUGUGGAGAUAAUAUGCAGGACCAGCUGGUUGAAAUCUGAGAACCAUUGUGGUAGGAUUGAGAGAGUUUUGAAAGUUCACAACAUGCAAAAAACUCUUGCCCGGUUCGAAGAACACAGAGAAAUGGUAAAGAUGAAAGCCAGCAAACUCGCCAAGAAACACCCGCGGUGUCUUGCCGAUGGCAAUGAGCUUUUGAGAUUUUAUGGCACCACAUUAGCCUGCUCACUUGGUCUAAGUGGUUCUUCUAGUUUAUGCGUAUCAGAAAAAUGCAGUGUAUGUAGGAUUAUAAGAAAUGGUUUCUCAGCAAAGAAAGAGCUCAAGGAAGGAGUAGGAGUGUUCACAACUUCAACCAGUGGAAGAGCUUUCGAAUCUAUUGAGAUAAUUGAAGAAGACCCUACUUUAAGAAAGGCCUUGAUAGUUUGUAGAGUUAUAGCUGGGAGGGUUCAUAAGCCUUUGGAGAACAUACAAGAGAUUACAGGUCAAGUUGGUUUUGAUUCAUUGGCUGGUAAGGUGGGUCUUUACUCAAAUAUCGAAGAGCUUUAUCUGCUUAAUCCAAGAGCUCUUCUUCCUUGUUUUGUGGUAAUUUGCAAACCUUGAGAGAUGGGUGAUAGAAAGUGGAAAGAAAUACCUGCACAUGUUAUAUUGUUUUGAAGUUAUGUGAAUCCUUUUCUUGUUUCUAAUUUUUUUUUGAGAAAGUUUUAGUUCUUUCUCUUUCUCUCUUGUUUUUGGAGGAAAUAUGCUUAUUCUUUCAGCCCUCUUUUGUCCAUUUAGCAAUUUAUUAGAACCUGUUCUUUCUUUCUUACUAUAUAUGCAAUUUCUCAAGUCUA